AUGUCCAAAACCAAUAUGAACUUCUGCAAUAAUUAUUUUCUGGUUGAUCCGAACAAAGCAAGUGUUUUUGAUCUCCUUCUUCUUUUGUUUUUCCCAAAUCUUAUCAGCAAAAGAUUCAUUGAUUCUCAGCCGGAUACGCUCAAUAGCGCCCGGCGAAGUUUCGCGAGUCGAUGGAUGAUUGCAUUGGCCAUUUUUCUUCAAAAAGUAUUAAUAUUCAUAAGAACACCCUUGGCAUUCAUAGGUCGUACAGUCACCUAUUGGCCCAAUCUUCUAACGGCAAAUGGAGGUUUCUUCAACUUGGUACUUAACCUUUUGACAGGAAAGUUGGUGAAGCCUGACGAAUCGUCCGCGACAUAUGCGUCGUUUCUAGGAUGCACAGAUCGAAGAGUAGAGCUUGACCAGAAGAUAAAAGUUGGUACGAUCGAAUACAACUCGAUGUUAUCAAUGAUGGCUUCUAAGAUCGCUUAUGAGAACGAACCUUUCAUCACUUCCGUGGUCAAAAACACUUGGAAGAUGGACUUUGUUGGUUACUACGACUGUUACAACGCGUUCCAAGGAAAAAAACUGACACAGGCCUUCGUGUUCAAAGCAUCGGACACAAAUCCGAACCUCAUCGUCGUCAGCUUCAGAGGAACCGAACUUUUCAGCUCUGAUGAUUGGUGUACUGAUCUCGACAUCUCUUGGUACGAGCUGAAGAACGUUGGCAAAGUCCACGUCGGGUUCUCGAGAGCUCUAGGCCUCCAACAAAAUGGAUGGCCCAAAGAAAAUAUAAGUCUCAUACACCAAUAUGCCUACUACACGAUUAGACAGAAGCUUAGGGACAUGCUUGCCAGAGACAAGAACCUUAAGUUUAUUCUAACGGGUCAUAGUCUCGGGGGAGCAAUAGCUGCUCUGUUUCCGGCCAUUCUAGCGUUUCACGGCGAGGAUGAGCUGCUUGAUAAGCUAGAAGGCGUCUACACAUUCGGACAGCCACGUAUAGGGGACGAGGAGUUUGGGGAGUAUAUGAAGGCAGUGAUGAAAAAGCAUGGAAUAGAGUAUGCGAGGUUUGUUUAUAACAAUGAUAUGGUGACUAGAGUCCCCUUCGAUGACAAGAUUCUAUUCGGAUACAAGCACUAUGGAUCUUGCAUUUACUUCAACAGUCUUUACAAAGGAAAGGUAAGAGAAGAUGCACCUAAUGCCAACUACAUGAGCAUGUUGUGGCUAAUACCGAAGCUCAUGAGUGGUGUAUGGGAGUUUAUAAGGAGUUUCAUAAUAAGGUUUUGGAAAGGCAACGAGUACAAAGAGAAUUGGACGAUGAGAACUGUUAGAAUUGUUGGGAUACUAAUCCCUGGUGUAUCUGAUCAUUUCCCACUUGAUUAUGUCAAUUCCACGCGCUUGGGAGGCUUGGCUCGACCUGUUGCGACUACUACCCCUCAGGAUAAACUUUCUCUCAUUGCUUGAAAUAACAUGAUGACUCGUACCACUCAACUCAAGGAGAAAAAAGGCCAUGGCGUGUUGGAGAAACCCAAUUUCAGAUGUAUCGAAUAAGUUUUCAACUAAAUAAAGGAUGAUUUCAUUUACUUGUUUUUAUUUUCCCUUACUUCCUUAAUAAGAGAAGGAAUACUCUUCAGUUGUUAUUCCACUUAAGUUGAUGUUUUCCUUGUAAGAAUCGAAUGAUUCUAAUUUCUUUUCGUAAGGACAAAAACAAAGCAAACAAUUUC